UAAAAUGUAUGGAAAUAAUAAUAACCGUCAGUCAAACUGGUCAUCAUCAUCAUCAUCUGCUGCUGCUGCUAAAUUCAAACAAACAACUGCUAAUUGGAAACCCAGACCAAAGAUUGUAAUAGAUGGACCAUUGGAUAGUGCUUCUAGUAGCCAAAAGGAUAACAAUGCAUCACUUGUUGAAGAGCCUCUCGUUGAAAGUGAGGCUCUUGGUGUGAAAGAUCUUAAGACGACAGUCAAAUCAUUAGACGAUAAUAAUGAUUGUAUUUCUAAAACGGGGAAGCAAGUUUCUGACAAAUCUUCAAUGGAUGAUGGUGAAGAUGGUUCGUCUAGAAAACCAUUUGAUAUUUGUCACAAGAAGGUUCAUUCUGGCGUAAAGCUAAAAAAAUCAUUACUUGCCAUUAACAAAGAAAAAAGAAACCAAAAGAACCGUGGGAAAAGUAUUGAUUUGUUGAGGUCUGGGAUGGUACUCUUGAAGAACUAUAUUUCUAUUGAAGAUCAGAUCAGUAUCAUAAAAACUUGUAGGGAUCUUGGUGUUGGAGCUGGAGGUUUUUAUCAACCUGGUUACCAGGGAGGAACAAAGUUACAUUUGAAGAUGAUGUGUCUUGGUAAGAAUUGGGAUCCUGAGAGAAAACUGUACAGUGAUACGAGACCAUUUGAUGAUGCUAAACCUCCUGAGAUUCCUGAUUUGUUUCAUGAUAUGGUGAAAAAAGCAAUACAAGAUUCGAAUGCUCAUAUUAAAAGCGUAAACCCUACAGCCUAUGGUAGAGAAAUCAUUCGCUCCAUGUCACCCGAUCUCUGCAUCGUUAACUUUUAUUCAAGAAGUGGCAAGCUUGGUCUACAUCAGGACAAAGAUGAAAGUGAGAAUAGUCUGAAGAAAGGAUUACCCGUCGUCUCAUUCUCGAUAGGUGACUCUGCAGAGUUCUUGUACGGGGAUACUAGGGAUAUCGAUAAAGUAGAUAAAGUGAUUUUAGAAUCAGGAGAUGUAUUGAUAUUCGGUGGGAAAUCAAGACAUAUAUUUCAUGGGGUCUCUUCCAUUCAUCCUGAUACAGUUCCCUCAUCUUUGCAAGAAACAACAGAUAUGGUCCCAGGUCGUUUGAAUCUCACCUUCAGACAGUAUUGACCAAUCUGAGACUUCUAUUCUUAUUCAGAUGAAGUUUUAUAUGUGCCCUGGUUCGGUUUAAAUCUUCUGACGGGUUUGAACCAUUUUAGAUUAAGCAUGGUGUAUGUAGAUUUUGUAUGUUAUUAGGAAUUCCCAUUGGGCAUGUAGCAUCGAUGAUAUUCUACAUUUUAGAUGUUUUUGCUGUGUUUUCA